AUGGCAGCCAAAUCCAUCGCCGUCAUCACCACCAGCACCCGUGCUACGCGGGUCGGCCCACAGGUCACGGGACUCGUCCUGGCCGCGCUGAACCCCCUCGCGGCGGCGUCUGCGGCCAAGAGCAAAAUCACCCUGACCCACGUGGACCUGAACGACUUUGGGCUGCCCAUCUUCCACGAGAAAAAGGUGCCCGCGACGGUGACCAACGCGGCGACCGACUACGAGCACGAGUACUCGCGCAAGUGGUCCGCCGAGAUUGCCAAGCACGACGCGUACAUCCUGACGGUGCCCGAGUACAACUUUGGCAUGGCGGCGUCGACCAAGAACGCCAUCGACUACCUGUACCACGAGUGGAAGGGCAAGCCCGUGGGCGUCGUCAGCUACGGCAUCAUGGGCGGCAACUCGGCGCGGGAGCAGGUGCGCAAGAGCCUGGGCGGCGUCGGGCUCAAGGUCACGGCGGCCGAGGCCUCCCUCGCGUUCCCCGGCGGGCCCCAGGGCGAAGACUUUAAGACGGCCAUGUUUACGGGCGAGCUGACGGAGGGCACCAAGACGGAGUGGGCCAAGGUCGAAGGCAUCACCAAGAUCUUUGAGGAGCUGGUUGAGGAGCUGGAGAAGGACCUGAGUGACAAGGUGGCCCCCGCGAACGGAGAGGCACACUGA